GCUACUCCGGGGUGAUACGCGGCAUGUGACGUCAGCAGCAGACAGCUUGUGUUUUGAUGAGACUUGACAGCUACCAAAAGUGUUUUAUUUUAUGAACCACAGCCCCCGUCAGUAGCAGACAUGGAUGGAGAUCUUAGCGAGGGAGGAAUGCAGUCUGUCGCCCUGAAUGAUGGGUCAACCUGCGGAGAGAACCAGCCUUUAGCGGGCGUUCCCAUGCCCAAUGCCAUACCAAAUUCAGGGAUACAACAGCUUCCCGCCACUUCCCCCACACAGCCCAUCCCCACACCUCAGGCUCGACCAACGUCCCUCCCACAGUACCCUCACAACCCAGGGUCAGCCUACACCUCGCCCAAUAGUGCGAGUAGUCCUGAAUACGGCAAUAAGUGGGACUGUUAUAUCUCGCCGUUUCCAGCCAUGUCGCCUAUUCCAUUAGCUACGCCAACAACCCCCGGCACAGAAAAUGGAGCCGCCGUCGUCCGUACAGGGUCUAGUAAAAUGGAAACGAUUAAGUCCUGGUCCAUUUCCACAUACAAGUGCACCAAACAACUCUUAUCUGAGAAGUUAGGAAAAUCAUCUCGGACGGUAGAUGCAGAGUUAGAAGGACAAAUUGAAUCACUUCGAGACACACAACGUAAAUAUUCCCAGAUAUUACGAUUGGCUAGGGCCUUGUCGUCACAUUUCUAUCACGUCGUGCAAACACAACAACAGCUUGGCGAUGCUUUUGCAGACUUAGCACAGAACAAAAUAGAAGACCAAACAGCAGAGCAACACAUCUUGAAAUCGCCAGAACUUCAGGAGGAGUUUAUAUAUAACGCAGAAACUCAAAGGACUCUCACCAAGAAUGGAGAGACGCUGCUUGGUGCUCUAAACUUUUUUGUGUCGUCGGUAAACACAUUAUGUAACAAGACUAUGGAAGACACGUUACUCACCGUCAAGUUGUAUGAAGCGGCAAGAAUUGAAUACGAUGCUUACCGGAGUGACUUAGAAAUGCUCUCUCAACAACCGCGUUCCGAAAUUAGUUCCAUCAAGUUAGAAGAAGCCCAGAGGAACUUUAGCGGCCACAAGGCUCACUAUGAUAGACUCAGAGCCGACGUAGCCAUUAAACUAAAAUUCUUGGAUGAAAAUAAGGUGAAAGUAAUGCAUAAGCAGCUGCUGUUGUUCCAUAAUGCUGUGUCUGCAUACUUCAGUGGCAACCAGACUGCCCUGGAAGCCACCCUCAAGCAGUUCAACAUCAAACUGCGCAGCCCCAACACAGCACCUCCGUCUUGGUUGGAGCAAUCUGUGCCAGAGACGUUUCAAACUAUUUUUGGUUCCCUAAACUCCCCAACCAAGUAACGUAAAGCCUUCAGUCAGUUCGUUAGCCAAUCAGCUGUGUUCUUUGCUUAGGGUGGUAGUGAGAUCUUUUUUACCGUUACGCAAUACGACUGGAAAUGUUUAUGGUAUAUCUGAGAUCUGUUAGCAAAGUCUCUACAAUUAUUAUAUGCAUUUAGAAGUUGAACCUUAUACAUUUUUGUGUUGCCAUUUAUACCUGAUCAGUGUAGAAGUUUAUAGACCUGUACUAUAAAGCAGUUUACUACUACCAACGCGGAGAGUAAGUGUCGCUGGGUGUUUCCUCCUAUCCUGCUUUGUGUCGCGUUGGGUAGCGGUGCUGGACGGUUGUUUGUGCAUCGUGGUCGUGUAUUGGUUUUUACUUAUGGGGUGGGGGGGAGGGGAGUCAGUGGGUCAUAUUUCCUUGGAAUAAGACUUUGACAACUACUCAUUCUUCCCACUCCAAGGACAUCUGUUUUCACCUCUGAUAGACUUAUAUGUUUUUUAUUAAAUAUUAUUGAGCACAACUUGAAUUCACUUGAUGAUUUAAAUGGAGAACACAGUAUUUUGUUUUAUAUUGUACUUCAGUGUUAGAUGUCAUUAAAUAAAGCAUACAAUGGUUAAUUAAAGUGAGAGAUGAAGGGUUGGAAUAUAAAUACUGUAUAGACUUGUGCAAUCGUGAUAUAUAUAUACAUCUUGCCUACAUUACUACUGUUGAAGUUUGAACUCUUGUUAUGAUGUAUUCAGGUACAGUUGCCAUCACUUAUACCUUGUACAGUGGCUGGUGUGUUGUGUGAGAUGUGGCAACUCUGUGGAAUGCUUAGUCUGGCUCCUAUUGCGAAGUUCUGUAGGACAAUUCCAGGAGUUGUAAUAUGAUGUAAAUAAACACAGAGUUGCCACAUCUCACAAAAUACACCAGCCACUGUACCGGGUAUAAGUGAAGGCGACUGUACCUCACUAAGUCACCAUUUGUUCUCCCUAAAGUAGAUCCCAUUUCUAUAAGUCAAAUGAAAGAGUGUAUGAGGUUUCAAUCUUUUUUUUCCUCAUCUGAACACAAAGAGGUUCAGAUCCUUGACUUGGAUGCUAAUUUUUUUUAGUGUUGGUUAGAACUGAGACCUGCCAGAGGUGCCAUUAUAAUAAUAAUUAAAGUUACUAUGAUUAUUUAUGCCAAAUCUCCCAGAAUGUUACGACCCAAAGCUUAUUUUCCUUCUUAUUUAGGAUAAUAAAAAUCAGUUGAAAAUCAGAUAAAUCUGUACUGUGAGCUUGGACGAACCUACGGCUAGAAAUACUGUAUGAUUGCCAAUAGUUGCUUGGACGUGGAUUUUGUUUGCAACAUUGAAAGGAUAUGAAAUUUUACUGAAAUAUUAUUAUUACUUUAUUAUUUUUAUAUUUAUUUUUACUAUUAUUAUUAUCUUUAUUUAAUGUUCUCUUUGUCAUGCAUAUUUUGAUGGCAUAGUUACAGCCUUGAAAUUUAGUCCUUUUAGUAGUUAGCCAUAAAGUUCAAAUUCCCAUUCCCAAAGACAUGUUCAAAGUUGAUCAUUCUGCUAUCUUGAUAAUUCUAAUUGUUUAUUCCUCUCUUCUUAAAUUGUUGAUUGUAAAAGUAAACAAAACCUAGAUAUCCAGUGUUAAAUAUUUCCCCCUUGUUGAUACUCCAUUGUACUCCUAAACUUUGAAUACUUUUAGUUGUCUUUCAAGGUUUUAUAAUAGACACUGUAGGUGUUUCUUGGUAUGUAUUAAUCAAGGGAAAAAGUACUCGAAGAAAUUAUAUAAUGCCAUUUAAAUUAUAACACUGAAAUCCCACUAAAGAAGAUGAUGAUAAAGAACACUGUAUUUCGACUAACUUGAAAAAGAUCCUAAGUUAUGGGCGAAAUAUACAGAGCUUUAUUUCUGUUUUUGAUCUUUUUCAUUGGGAUUUUCAGUGGUAAAAGAUCAUGUUUAAUAUCCCUUUUUGUAAGGAGUGGGUAUAGUCAUUACCGAUCUGUGUAGGAGGGGGGUAGUCUUGGGGUACUCGGGUCAUGGUAUAAUUCUCUCGUCAAACUGGAAUUAGAUUUGUACCCCCUCGGCUUUUUAGUUACUGUGAAAUCUUGAUGUAAAUGGACCUUCUCUAAGACUUCUAUCUAAUGUAAAGGAAAUUGUAGUGUUAUAAAUAGCUGCUCAAGUAUUUCCUGUGUGACAAUCUGAGUACACAUUGAAUUGAUUUCUGUGAUAUGUUGAGGCAUUACCGAUAUUUUCAGUUUAGACCUUUGAUUGGUGAACUGUUUUAGGGUCGUUUUCCCAUUGGUCUAUGAGAGGAGGAUAGAGGUUUUCCCCUGAGAGUGAUGGACAGAUUACAGAACAGAAACUGGUAUUUGUGUGACAUAUAGUACUCUUAAAAUAAGCUAGAGUACUGUUAUAAUAAGCUAGUGGUACUCUGUGUUAGUCAUGGUUUCCAGAAGGGCAGAAAAAACCCAGCCUAAAACGUGUAUUGAAUAUAAUAAGCACAGUACUUAAUGCUCCGGUUAAAUUUGGUAUUAUGUUGAUAUUUACUGUACUAGGAAACGUGCCCACAGUUGAUUUAUUGUCAUGUCAUCCUCAGAGCUGGGUGAUUAAUUAUAUUAUUUUAACAGAUUGCCUACGAGGAAGUGUUGUAUUCCUUAUGAUUAGACUGAAGUUCAAUACAGUAUUUUUAUGUAGUUUAGUUCCAACAUAAUGAUUCUGUUCAAUUGGGUGUAGAUGUCCUAACCAGAUUUUGACUUGACUGUAAUGGUAUGUCUUUUGCGAUGCCAUAGAUUUUCUGGAAAUAUAUGUAUACUGUAUAGUGAGAAAAAUUUAAUCCUAACUCUAAUUCUACCUACAACAAUAAUAUUUUCUUAGUAUCCAAAGAUUUUCUAGACAUACUUAACAUGACAAUAUUCUUAAAACAUAAUUAUAUGAGAGGAAUACAAUAUUAUCCUCUCCAGAUAUUAAUUUACAUGAUAUGUUUAGCAGUACAGUACAGUGUUACCCUUCAAUGUGUGAGGUGGGGAAGUACCAUCAUCCCAGUGUGUGAGGUGGGGAAGUACCAUACCAUCUUUAUGUGUUAGACUCAAGAUGUGGUCAGUUGAAGUGAUUGUCUUGUGAUGUACAGUAUGUUAUGAUAUACAAGUUUAAAGAUCAAAUUUGCAUUAAUAACACUUUGAUGGCUAUUCUGUGAUGCAGACUAUUGUACUCACAGUUUGCUACACAAGGAGAGUAAUCUAUUUAAUACUUGUAGUGAUGUUGCAGCUUAUUUUACUAGAUGCAAAUGAUCACUUAAUUUGUAUGGUGAUGAUAUAAUUUACUAGCAAGGUCUAAUGAGUUAUAAAUGCCAAUAUAUUGUACUCUUGUUAUGUUUUUUGGCCCACCAUCAUGAAUUUGUUGGCUGAUAGGAGACUUAUUGUAAUUUUUAUGUGAAAGUUUGAGGAAGAGUAAGUUUCUGUACUCUCCCGGGAUAUAGUUGACUUAAUUAAAACAUCAGCAUUGUUUGUGGAUUUCAGUGUUCCUCUAGAGUAAAUCAGCUGCAUUUUAUACAUUACUGUCCUAUGUUACAUUCAGUAAACUAGGUACUGUAUAUCAAAGUGGAAUGUACUAUCACUGGGAGAAAUUAUAGGAGGCAAAAUUACCUUUAAACUGAUCUUGAUAUUUGUGUAUUGUUUUGAGAAAUGUGAUCUGGACUUCUUAAAAACAAAAUAUAAUUAUAAACAAGUGUUGAAGAUGUGGCAAUGUUUGGCGAGGAUAUUUAACAACUGGAAUACUAAAGUAAAGGAAUAUUACUAUAUGUAUGUGUCGCCUGCAGCAGUGUUCCUUAUAUAAUGAUUUAGUUUCAUAUUUUGGCUCUUGCUUCAGCUUUUUGUUUGCUUGGCAUCAUUAGUAUAGGUUUGUGUUAUAUAUUUGGAAUAGAUUUUUUGUAUAUUGUGUACUGACUUUGUUGUGUGAGUAGAAGUAUUUUUUUUGUAUUUUUUUUUUUAGUAUUUUUUUUUGCAUGUGCAUGAUUUUGAUCAAAGUUUAAGAAGUUUGUUAUAUGUACUUGUACUUGCCUUUGCAUAUUGUCUUGAAUAUUUAAACUUAAAUUAUUCUUUAUAUUACAACUUUGAACUUAAUCACACGAAGGAUAUUUACAAUAUUCUUUUAUCAGAUACAGAAUCCAAACUCCCUAAGUUAAGAGAAUCAUAAAUAUAACUUAUCCUAACUUUAACCAUUUGCAAGAUACUGCUAAGUACAUAAACUGACUAUUUAAAGGAAUUUCAAGAUUGUAAAAUAUUUGUCUGAGUUUUAUAGACAAAGUGAUCAAUAACAGUGCUGUACUGUUUUGCCACAUAGCACCAGUUUGUGUACUCCAAAGUGUAAAUGCUGUUAUGCUCUAGAUCAGGGGUCACCAAACUACGGCCCGCGGGCCGGAUUCCAAGUCCUUCCCCGGCUCGUGGUAGCUCUGCCUACGCUCUGACGUUACCAGAGCUUUCGUUCUGGCCCACUGUGAAAAAAGUUUGGUGACCCCUGCUUUAGAUGACCAAAGGACAAUAAAAAUUUGAUUUCAAUAGUAUGUAAAUUUAAGCUAAUUAAUAUCUUCUCUAUCUGAUCUUUAGUAAGUUAAGUAACAAGAUGGUAAACAAUGACAUUCUUGCCCUUUAUACAUGUACUGUACUGUUCCACUAAUCUUGAAUAUCAAGCUGAUACUCUUUAGAUAACCCCCCAUGAAAGACAUUAGGGCAAGUACAGUAUGUUGUAAAUAUGACUUAUUAUCCUGGUGGUAACUAAUUAAGCUUUAAGACAAUACAGAUGUGGUUUUAACAUGUCUCAUAUAUUGUGUUUUUUCUACAGGGGUGAAUACUAGCAGAUGUGUGGAGGUUGUAUUGUGGAGUAUGAGGUGUUACUUGUGUGACAUAGUGCCAGUGUCUUAUGAUAGGGGACUGGGGAGUAACUUGGGGGGGCUGCUUUUGUCCCGGUCCACACUCUUACUCGGUGGGGGGACUAAGUAAACACGUCUUUUUAACCUCUGCAACACUCAAUAGACUUCGUAAAAUACUUGAAGAAUUUGGACGUUUAUUCUCAGUCUCACUUAUUGUUUCAGCUGCAUUAAUCCACUCCUAUUGCAAUGUUGAGUCAAGUUUAAAUUUUCCCUCAGACUGGAUUAACUGAAGGUGUUAACACAAGUUGCUGGGCUAAAUGUGUUCAAUGAAAACUUUGUGACUUUCUGUGAGAUUUUUUCCUGUCAAUCUUAAAUCUUCAACCAUUGACAUGUGUCUUCGUAGUUAGAAACAGAAAUCUCUUUUACUAAUGGUGAACCAAACCAGAUGACAAUAUUAUGAAAUAUUAGUUGGUGCUCCACAAAAACUAUCUGGAAUAUUUUUAAUUACAUUUACUUUCCUAGAGAAGGUUAGUACAAUAUCCUUUAUGCUGUAGUUAUAUUUUAAUUAGUUUAAAGAAUAAACCCUUGGCCACUCUAUGGCAGAAAUUGUAUUUGGUAUCACAGCUCAUCAAGGUGCUGCUAAUGAUAUAUUCAUUCCAUUAGAGUUUAUUUAAAGUCGUGUGUGCUUCUUGUCAUCGUUUGUUAGUAAGGUCGUGUUAGUGUCGAGGCAUUGUUGACGCAGAAAAUUAAAUAAUGAAACCACGUAAAGGCUUUGUGUGUUUCAAAGUUGUUGUUCAUAUUGAGGAAUUUUAGUUUGCUUCCCAAAAUAUAAUACUGUAUUAUGUACUGUGUUAUAUCCUGAAUUAUUAUUUACUAGAACAUUCAAAUAUAUACAUACCUGUAUGUAUAUAUGAUGCUUUUCUCUAUUAUUAUAGAGAGGUACAGAAGGCGCACUACACGUUAUUGAAUACAAUGUAUAAACACUUUUGCAAUUUUUUUCCAAUACUUUACUGCAUAAUAAAUGUGAAUGAGGUACUGUACUGUACAUGGCUAUUUUUGCCUUUUGCUUAUUAUCAUUUAAAUAAUUAUAAUAAAUGUAGCUUCAGCAAUUUCUGUUUAGUUGGUUUUGUGUAACACUUUGGCUUUGGUUUAUUUUUGUUGUUCAUGUUUUGUGGUUUGACUCCACUGAACUCUUGGGUUGAUCACCUUUUGAUAAUGGAAGACGUAAACAUGCCAGAGGACGAGGCAGCGAACACCUUGAACCAUUAUCUUUAACUUGCUUCUCUGACCUUAUGAGAGACUCCGAAAAUUAUGUUGUUGUUAGAUGCUGUGCUGAACUAUCAUCAUUGUACCCGGGCAUUUACCAGGCAUUAUUUUAUUCCAGAACUCUGAAAGAUAACUAUAUUUUAGGACAUGCAAUAAACAGACCUAAAAAUCAGUCGGAAUAAAGUCUGAUCAUAAAUAUUUCACAAUUAUCAGAUUUUAUUCCUACAGAGUUUUAGGAUCCUGUUUACUGCACGUACUGAAAUAUGGUAGGUAAUCAAAUAGAGUUUUGGAUAAAAACAUGACCCUGUAUGUAUUUAACUUUAUACUCUUAUUUUACAAAGUAUAUUUUACAGUAAAUUGAUAUAACUUUAAUAAAACAAAUAUAUUCUGGGAAAUAGAACAGAGAGAAGGAUGUAGUUGGUAAGAUUGAUAUUUUUUUUAGAUAAUAUUCAAGGUUCUCACUGACUGCCCAGUUAGAAGAUGUAAAGACUAGUAGAAGUGGCUGGGGUUCAAGUGGUCCAAGACUAAUAUAUACUGUACUGUACUCCUCUCUAUUAUAUAUACAAGACAUUGGAUGUAGGUUGAUAUAUGAAUUAAGGUUGAGUUAUACACUUUUAUUAUGGGAUGAAUGAAGAUCGUGUUUUAGGAAGAGUUCGAGUUGGUUCUGACGUCAUGCGAAUCAGUCUCGGUGGCCUGACAUCAUGCGAGUCAACCCAGAGUAUUUAGUAACGUUUGUAUCUGAUCACUUGGUCUUGUAUACAUUAUAAAAGUUUAGUCUUUCCUUAAUCAAUGGGUAUUUUUUUGUUUUGUUUGGCUUUACUUGUUUCUUUAUUUUUUUUGUUAUACACUUAUAUACUUUCGUCUGUGUGUGUACUGUACUUUGUUGACCCAUCUUUCAACCUUGUCAUCAAUCUUAGUUUUUGAGUACAAGGAAAUAGCACUUAUUUUGCUUUAUAUAUACUGUAUGUUAAGCAGAAGUCAUCGGUUUAUUUUGCUGGUGAACCUGAUUGAGUGGUAUCAUCAAGUUCCCUUAUAAAUGGGAUGAUAGUUUGGCUGUGACGACUCCCAAAUUAUUUAUUGUAAUUCUUAGUUUUAAAUAUUUUUUAACGGAAUUUUUAAGAGCUAUAAUAAUUUUGUAUUAGUAAAUGGGUAUUGAUAAAUAACCCCUAAUCCCUGUGUUGUAUGCUGUGAUUAUCUGUGACUAAACCCGGUAUCGUCACACUAACUACUAAAUUAAUCACGCUGUAUCUUGUGUUGUGCAUGAUUCAGUACAGUACAUGUGGUUCAGAUUAAUCAAGAGAUAAUAUGCAUUUUUUUUCCUGUUAUAAUGCAGGGUGACCAGGCAGGUGCUAUCCCCUAAUUCCUAACAUUUGGCAAAUACUUGUGGGUUACUCCAUCCUCCUGACAGGAAACUCUUGUAGCAAAGAAUGUUUCUCAUCACCAGUAAGGUCUCCCAGCAGUGUAAUGAUUUUAUUGUUGGGUGCACAAGGCUACCGUACAGAGAGGGAACCUAACCUUCCACUCUGGUUGGGAAUUGAACACCUAACCACUUGCUUGUGAGGAAAAACACCUUAUCACUGGGUUGUGGUAAUUGGAGAUACUAUUCACUAUGUCUGUAUGUGAUGCAGAAUUUUGUUCAAUGUAUAUGAAAAGAUUCAGACCUUUUCAGCCCCUGAUCAGAAAUUUCUUUAUCCCAAAGACCCCAAGUCAAUCAAAGAUGGGAUUGGUGUAGGGAAUUCUAUUGAAAAAUAUUUGCAAUCUUAGAUGUUGAUGAUGCUAUGAGACAUUUCUGAUAGUUGUAGAUAAUUGACUUUACAAGAAAAAUUGUGAGGGAGGGUAUUGUAACUAUCAUUUAACAGCUUAGUAGCCAUUUGGGCAGUUGGUCAAGAUCCUCUCAAAUUUGUGGUUAGGGUUUCAAUAAAUCUGUGUAAACUUAGAUAUGACAGAUUCAGAUUUAGCAUUUUUUUCUCUUCGCUGCAGUAGAGGACAUUUUUAUAGCAGUUUUUGGUCUAUACUGUAUUGUGUUAAUUUGUGAAUUCUAUUACCCAUUAUUUACCUUAUGACCAUUCACUAAAGGUUCUUGAUUGUUUUGUCUGUUCAUGAUUCCACAACUUGUUUAUAUGACUUUCUCUGUUGUCAGUUCACAUUUUGAUUUACGGUAUAUCCAAAGUGGGAAACACACUAUUAAGACACUGUUAUUUUAUUAUUUACUUAAAAUCUUUUAUUGGGAACAGAGUGUUCUCGUGUCCUCAUCUUAAAGAUGUUUACACUUAUUUUUGUGGAAAUAUAUUAAUUUAUGUUAACUAUUUACGUAUACAAAUUAUGUCUAGUAUAUAUCAGUAAGUUGCACCAAACAUACCUCUCAUGCAUAAAUUAAGAGAAUUAUAUUAUGUUAUCUAUGAUUCCUCAUCUGACCAGAGAAACUUCACAGAAUUCAUUAAGAUUUGUUAUGAGUGAUUUAAGAGACAGAGUUGUCUUAUGAACAAAACUGAGAUACAGUGAAAGUGAACAAACUUAAUUUACUCUGAAUUGUAAACAGAAUGUGUUGCUGUGUUAUAAGUUUGCCUACAGGGAUUACAGUUCAAUAUAUGAACAAAUGUUUAGAACAAAGAAAUAUAUAGAGUAUAUAAAUAGUUGAACUUCUCUAAUCUGGUAACCUUGGGACCUGUUGCUGGAUGAUAGACUUUGUGGGACUAAAAACGGUCAGUAAAAGAGAAUGAAAUAAUAAAGGAGAAAAUAGGUA